UCCGUCGCGAACGUCCCACUUGGAAGAAGAAUGUCCCUCGCGGCACGCCGUCUGUUUCCAAGGGAACCCCAGGGUCUCUUGGUUACAGCGCGCUCCGCCCAGGUGCUGGACCAUGGCUACUGCGAGUCCCACCGUCUUUCUACUCAUGGUCAACGGGCAGGUGGAGAGUGCCCAGUUUCCUGAGUAUGAUGAUCUCUACUGCAAGUACUGCUUUGUGUAUGGCCAGGAUUGGGCCCCCACAGCGGGUCUGGAGGAAGGCAUCUCCCAGAUCACCUCUAAGAGCCAAGAUGUGCGGCAAACGCUGGUUUGGAACUUCCCCAUUGAUGUCACCUUUAAAAGCACCAACCCCUAUGGCUGGCCCCAGAUCGUGCUCAGCGUGUAUGGACCAGAUGUGUUCGGGAAUGAUGUGGUUCGAGGCUACGGGGCAGUGCAUGUGCCUCUCUCACCUGGUCGGCACAAAAGGACCAUCCCCAUGUUUGUCCCAGAAUCUACAUCUCAACUUCAGAAGUUCACCAGCUGGUUCAUGGGACGGCGGCCUGAGUACACGGACCCGAAGGUGGUGGCCCAGGGUGAAGGCCGGGAAGUGACCCGCGUUCGCUCCCAGGGCUUUGUCACCCUCCUCUUCAAUGUAGUGACCAAGGACAUGAGGAAGCUGGGGUACGACUGUGGGACGCUGGACACACAGAACACCUUGGGGUCCAGCCCCUCCGAGGGCUUCCCCAGGUGAAGACUGGUCUCUGCCAGGGUAGGGUCAGGAGGGGGGCUCACCAUUUUGUAUAAUAAAAUUGUCUCUUUUGCCAA